UCUUAUCUCUCCCAGUAGUUCACCUUCACAGCAGCAGAAAUGGGUGGAUCUUCUCUCUCGGUGGCAGUUGCCGCCCUUCCCACUUGUUCGCAUUCUUUCUCUUCAAAUCCCCUCGAUCAUUUCUGCUUCCCCUGUAACCUCAACUCCAUCAGAACGUCCACAAAGCUUAAGCCCCUCUCCAUCUCUAAUCUUUCAUCAUCAUCUUCUUCUUCUAUACACUGCGCUUCCACUGCAUUCGACGGCCUCGAGUUAAAUCAAGAUGAAGAUGAGCCAUCGAAUGGAGCUCUGGCAUCAGUAUCCGAAGCCGAGGACGAUAAUGGCGCCCUACAAAUUGCAGACGCUGGGAGGCUCUAUGUUGGGAAUUUACCGUUUCCGAUGACGUCUGCGCAAUUGACUGAGAUUUUCGCUGAAGCUGGUCGUGUUGUUUCCGCCGAGAUUGUGUAUGACAGAGUUACAGAUAGGAGCAGGGGAUUUGCAUUUGUUACUAUGGGGAGUGUUGAAGAAGCCAAGGAAGCAAUCAGAUUGUUUGAUGGAGCUCAAAUUGGAGGUCGUACUUCGAAGGUGAACUUUCCUGAGGUGCCAAGAGGUGGUGAAAGGGAAGUAAUGAGUCCAAAGAUACGAAGCAGCUAUCAAGGGUAUGUGGACAGCCCUUUCAAAAUAUAUGCAGGCAACCUGAGCUGGAGCCUCACGUCUCAAGCCCUACGAGACGCAUUUUCUCAUCAGCCAGGAUACCUGAGCGCCAAGAUCAUCUAUGAUAGGGACUCUGGAAGGUCACGAGGCUUUGGAUUCAUUACUUUCUCCUCUGCAGAAGAACUGGAAUCUGCAUUGAGUGCUAUGAAUGGAGUGGAACUGGAAGGCCGGCCAUUGAGGUUAAAUCUGGCAGAGCAGAGAGCUGCAGCUGCAUCUCCGCCAGAGGUUGAGAACACAUCGGAAAAUAGUGAGCUGGUUUCAAGUGCCAGUCCCUGACUGGGAAUUCUAAGCAUAAUUCCUUGAGACAUUCUAGCUGGAAUUGUUUUAAGUGAUAUAAUAAUGGCUGCGGAUGUAAGUAGAUAUAUAUUGGGAUCUACAGUGUAAGUUUUGGGAUAGAAUAGAUGAGGCAUAAAAUGCACCUUUAUUACUGAAGCUUUUGAGACAAUUACCUGUAAUUUAUAAUUUUACCUCCUUUUGAAUA